ACAGUUUACUGAUCAACUUGAUUUCUCACAAUAAUUGUUAUUAAGGCAACCAAGGCAAUGCAGGACAUAGAGAUGCCGGAUUAUAUUAAUGAGCGACCAAGACAUGAGGAGGAGGACAGAGGGGAAACAAAUCAAUCAGCAGAGAGAAGACCCUGCCAGCUGCUUCUCCUAAGCUUUGGCCUUCUGUGUAUUAUACAAGUCGCUCUCAAUAUUUCCCUACGCCUCACAUCGAACUCAAGCAAGGAAUCAACUUUCUCGGACUGCAACAAAACUCAUUUUGGUGACCACAACAAGGUGAAGGAGGUGCAGAUUAAUUGUGAGCAAAUGAUGACUAAUAAUUGCAACAAAUUACAAGAAAGAUUCAACGCCUUGACCAGAGACAGAGACCUGCUUCAAAACAGAAACAGUGAGCUCACCAACAAGAUAAAGGAUGUGGAGGAGGAGAGGGACAGACUGAGCAUGAGGCUGAGAGAGCUUGUCAGGACUGUGCCGAUGCGCUCUCCUCAGCUUUCAUGUCAGUGUCCUGAAGGAUGGAGGGAGAUCAACUCCAUAUGUUACUUUCUCUCCAGCGAGAGUAAGACAUGGAAAGAAAGCAGAAAGUACUGUCAGAAUAAAAGUGCUGACUUGGUGGUGAUCAACAGCGAACAGGAACAGAAGGAACUGUACCGUCUGGAUGGGGAUAAUGAUCUUCUGUUCUGGAUUGGUCUGCGUUACACAGCUGGGACCUUUAAAUGGGUGGAUGGAUCUGCCCUGACCAAACCAUUUUGGCAGAGAGGCCAGCCGGAUCAUGGUGGACCCAACAACAGAGAGGACUGUGUGGAGAUGUAUCACUCCAACCCAGUGCUGGCCAGCUGGAAUGACGCCCCCUGUGGACAAAAGCGGCGCUGGUUGUGUGAAAGAGAUCCAUGUACCGAUUCAUAGUAGACGCUCACAUUUUAGAAAGUCUGAAUAAAAGCUGAUGCAACAAUGCAUAAUAACAUCAGUGAAAACUUAAAUAUGAAGGAAUAAAAUAAGCAAAUCUCAUUGAGAAUAAAAAAACAGCAAUAAUUUGAGGUAAUGUGAACACAGUUACAUCUACUUUGUGCAACUGAUAAAUAUAUAAAUAAAUGUAUGUUAAAGAGACAUCUACUCUAUUUAGUAGCUUGUUUAGCAUUAAGUUAGCACUGUCUUGGCAAUUUUAGCUGAAACUUGGAGAUACAGCGUAUCUUCCUGUUUUCUAUUUUUUGUCUGGUGGGUUUGGAUGCUGAGUUACAGAGCCACUGUCUUUUCACAGAUCCAAAAUCUUUGAAAGUCACAACAUUCAUCAUUCCAGCUGUUUUCCUUUCAUAGUGCUUUAUUUCUGUGCAGUCUUCAUCUCCGCCACCUGGCAUACCAUUAGUCUUGGACAUAAUAUGCACACAUGCACCUUUGACCUGUACAGGUUUUCCAUAUUUAUGGAAGUGCAAUACUUCACUGAAGUAUCGGAAAUUAAAGGCAAAAACGUAUCCUUUCUUUCAUUGGUCCGACCCAACUUAAUUGAACUCCAGGUGUAAAAGUGACCAAAAUCGCCCAGUACUGUGCUGUAACAGCUUUCAUCUGUGCUUAAUAUAUUUGUAUGAAAAAGUAUUAAA